AAUCAUAACAACUAAAAACUCACAAAACAUGUAUCACUCACAUAAAAAUCAAUAAGACAAUCUGAGUCAGCAGAGGAUAGGACACACAUUCUCCAGGUCACUAAUAUCACGAUAAUUCUUAGUCAAAUUCAUGGUAUUGUUUAUAUUAUGUUCUCAUUUAAAAUGUUUUAAAUUAAAAACAAUCUUAAAAUAUUUUCAAAAUAAAUCUGUCACAAAUUAAUCAAAAGAAGUACCAUUAAAUCAACAAGACUUUGACUUUCAUUUUAUUGGCAUUCUGUUCAGAAACUGGUAAAGACAAAUACUUUCUCCUGUAACUGUGUGAGGAGGAUAAAAUAAAACAAACAGAACAGGUUUGGAGUUCUACUUCUAAAGUUAUUAUUUUAAGAAAUAAAUUUAGUUGCACAGUAUGAAAUAAAGUUAAGUGAAAUUAAUGUUUCAGGAACAAAAUGUAAGAACUGAAUUAACAGGGAAAAAAAUAACACCGCGAAAAUCCAGGGUAGGUUGGCAGAAUAACCUACUCCUUAUGAUGACACUCAUAAUUAUUUUUAAAAGUAUUGUUUCUUAGCUCAGUUCAAAAUAGGAAGUGGCGAAAAGUCAGUUUACACAGAAGUAGCGUCUAUGCGGCGCUAACACGACAGUGGUGUAUUUGAGGCUCUGGCAUAAGAAGCCUUUAUGGGCAAAAAAAUCAAUGAUACAGCAACAACAACAAUAAUUUAUAAUAAUAGUUAUUAAUAUUGCUAUUAUUAUUAUGGCUAAUUAUUUAGACGUAAAUUUAAUUAACUGACAGACAUCACAAUAUUUUGAAGUGAUUUAAUGUGUUGCUUAAUGAAAAUGAUAAUAAAAAUAAGAAUAAAAAUGAUAAUAACUCUCAGAACGUGACUUAUAAUAUAAUAAGUCCUGCGGUGUUUCUAGCAAAAAGAAGCAAAAAGGAAACUUGGCUAAAUAGAGUAAAACUGCUGCUGUGAUGCUUCAGUAUAUGACAGGAGACGUGGCCUGACGCUCAGAUCUGAAGAUCUUAGUAGUUAAUGUAAGUAUAACUGUGUUGUAUAUAUUUAUUUACUUGUGAAAAAUACAACAAUGUGGGAACAUUUCUAAUUUUUAGGAUAUUUAGUGGAGGGGGGUGUUUACGCACACCCAACAUCACAUUAUACGCUUAUACUACUACUACUACUAUUAUUAUAACUUCUAUUAAAAAUGAUAAGUCGUCUAAUACUUCUAUGGCAUAAAAGCAACGAAACUCGCCUGGACAGAUGAAAACUGGUGCAGUAAGGCUUUAGUAGGUAAGUGAGGAGAGACGUGGCCUCACGUUAACACUGAAAUGUCUCUUGCUUUAAUAACGGGCGCAUAAUAAUUUAUUUUAUCACACUUUUAUUACGUGUAAACGAAUACUUGAUUUGUUGAGCCUCUGUGACCCCUGACUCAUUAAAAACCAUCGUCCAAGAACACACAAACACUCGACUUAGAAAUAAACCAUCUAAUUCCCUCAUUAUUUAAAACAGUUUGACUUAAAAAAAAAAAAAUCAUUAUUACAUUAAGCCAACUGAGAGACACUGAAGAAGAAAAAGAAAUGUGUGUGCUAUACUAAUAGUCAACCAACACAAAUACCUUGUUAACCUUUUCUUUUCUGAUGUGACUGUGUUCACUCUAAUUUCUGCUGUCGCUCCCUGGGCCCUCGACGGUCACUUUUAUUUCUCUUCAUCUUUUGUUCAAACCCUUGAAGGGCAAAUUCAGCUCAGUCCACUCCGAACCUGCCCAUUCACUCUCUGCCUCCAUCACUGACAGGAUGGAGCUAUUGUUGUGGGUUCGUGCGCCAUUGGUUUCAUUCAUUCAUCCUGUGGAAUUUGCGCUUCAGCCCACCGGCUCUGUGCUUUGUGGAUAAAAGAGUUGCUUGUAUUCGUGUGACUGGAAAAAAGGAUAAGACUCGAUAGGGGAGAGUGAGCAUUUUCACUGCAGAUUUCUGUCCAUCUCUUUGUCUCGAGUAGUCCUUUUUUCCAAACCGCUUUUUAACAUUUAAAAAUCUGGUGCGUAAAAGAAAAAAGGGCGCUUUGAGUUAAAGUUGUUGAUUUCUAAACCCAUCCAGACUGACAUCAAUGACAUCAAAUCCAUUUUCUGCUCAAUAUCUCGAUCUGUUUUCUGUUUUGAAUUCAACUACAUGACAUGUCCCUGUCUUCUUUGAACCGUGCGUAAAAGGGCUGGGUUUUGAGAGCCAAAGACGUGUCCAAAUCUGAUCUAAAACACUGACAGUUCCUGACCCUGCAGCCGCUGCGCGUCUGGCUCAACGCGAUUCAAAAAAAAAAAAGAAAAAAAAAAAGAUGUCACGUAAAACCACAAGGGGACCUGGGAUUUACCAAGUACCUUUCAGUUGAGCAGGAGUCCUGCCAAGUAAAGAACACUUUCCUCCUCCUCUUCCAGCGGCGACAAACGCAGAGAAUCGACAGAGGAGAAUUGAGCAAAUUAUCUACUUUUCCACUCUCCUUCUUGGACGGUAACGAUCGGCAAGGUCUCGGCUCUUGCCCCACCGAUAUCGAACGAGCCUCGAGCGCCCUGAUUGUCGUCAACAACCAGGAAAGCGGGGCCUGUGUUUUGGUGGGGGUGGGGUUGGGGGAUCCCUGGCGGAUGAUGUCCUUUUCUGCGUGCCGGUGAGGAGCAGCGCCGAUCUCAUCUUCUUUCCAGCAGCUUUAGUUGUUGUUGUCGCAACCCGGUUGAUGCGGAGGUGAUGGACGGUCCUCUCCGCCGCCCAGCAGGGAUCCUUGGCUCCCCCACGGCUUCAGGGAGCCAACCUGCGGGCUCAGAAAUGCUCACCUCCGGCGGCAGCAGCAGCAAGCCUCUCGCUUUCUCCAUCGACCGGAUUAUGGCCAGGACACCCGAGCCCAAGUCAAUACCGCUCCCCAACUGGUUUCAGUCCGCUCCAGUGGGGAAACCCGAAGCAUAUCCGUCCUCGCUGCAUUGCAUGAUCCCGCUGGUACCGCUCGGUUAUGAGCCGGGCCACCGGCUCAGUAUCACAGGACUGGAUCCGGGCCACUUAGACGCGUCUUCUCUCCCGGCUCCCGCAGAAUUUUUGGGGUUUGGGCUAAACUAUAAAAAUCAACAAGAAGACUCUGCUGUCAGCCAAACGACCGGGCAGUACAAACUCUUCAGACCCAGGGUGGUAAACCAGUCCUCCUUUCCCACGAUGGGCACUGUUUGCUACCUGAAUUGCAGCGGGGAUUCCGGAGCGUGUCCACCGCCGGCUGGCCUGGUGAACCUGCACCCUAUGGCCUCGUACCUGUUCACUGCCCGACAUAAAGCCUUCAUGGCAGAGAAGAGCAAGCCCGGCCUGCAACAGGCCGCGGAGCGGUACGCGGGUUCCGGCGUGCAGGCCUUCAAGGAUCUAUCUCCGAACCAGAUUCACUACAUAAAGCAGAGGGACCAGAUCCUGAGUGACAAGAUUUUCAAGGGCUCCGCGACAGCUGCAGCGGCAAGCGCCAGGCUCAGCGGCUCCUGUCCCGGUAGCAAGCCCAAAGUUUUUACCUGUGAGGUCUGCGGUAAGGUCUUUAACGCGCACUACAACCUGACCCGCCACAUGCCCGUACACACAGGCGCUCGACCAUUCGUGUGCAAAGUUUGCGGGAAGGGAUUCCGACAGGCCAGCACGCUGUGCCGGCACAAAAUCAUCCACACUCAGGAAAAGCCUCACAAGUGUAACCAGUGCGGAAAAGCCUUUAACAGGAGUUCAACCCUCAACACGCACACACGCAUCCACGCGGGAUACAAACCAUUCGUGUGCGAGUUCUGUGGGAAAGGAUUUCACCAAAAAGGAAACUACAAAAACCACAAGCUGACACACAGUGGCGAGAAGCAGUUCAAGUGCUCCAUCUGCAGCAAGGCAUUUCAUCAGGUGUACAACCUCACCUUCCACAUGCACACCCACAACGAUAAGAAGCCCUUCACCUGCCCCACCUGUGGCAAGGGCUUCUGCAGGAACUUUGACCUGAAGAAACACGUCAGAAAGCUACAUGACCCAGCCGGCGCGCAGUCUCCCCCGCAGAUGUAAAACCUGAACAUUGACUCUGAACCCCCAGCACACCAAAAUGCAUACGCAACAAUCACAUUUUAGCCAAGCUACAUGUAAAAUAAGCUACACUUUGGUCCUUAGAUUCAAGAAGCCCUGUAGGUGGUAGGGGAAGAUUUUUCAUAAAUCAGUCAUAUGCAUGUGUUUAGAAUUUGUGCACUUUCUUCAUCCAAAUUAAUGCACCAGUUAAUCAGUAAGUGAGACUGGAAAGUAACUAAAAUACGUUUUUAUCAUGGUUUUUGCUCCUUCUGUUCUCAAAUCACAGAUGCUUACGAGUAAAUGUCUUUAAAUAAUUUCCUUACCAACAUUAACUAAUUGGCUCAUUUACUGAAGAAUUUGAAUAAUUUGAGGGUUCAUUUGUACCCUUAAAUUAUUUUUUUAAAAAUAUAUAUAACUCAAUCAUAUCAUUUCUCUCUCAAGCAGUAAUGAAGCUCCCUGAAUCCUUAAAACUGUGACUAUAUGUUCUUUAUGUAUUUCUGGCUAUGAUCAAAGUUUUUAACUGACAUCAUGUCCUGUGUGUUGUUUCUUGUAAUUCUACAUGAUUUAAUGAUGUGAUAUGGGGAGGAGUUACUUAUGAUUUGUAGAAAUCAUCAUAGAUGUCUUCCAAAAAUCCCCCUCCCCUCCCCCGCCACAGAAAUCAUAACAAUAGAUGAUAAAGUUGUAAAACUAAAGCCAGGCAUUUCAGUCAUGAUUUUAUUCAAAGUUACGGGUGUUUUAACAAAUUUAACAAGAAGACUUUGCCAUCUUUAACUGCAGGCUUAAAAUACAACAACUGGAUAACAUUCAAAUUUAAUUUAUUUUUCUAUUACAAUCAUAUCCUGGCAUAUAAUGGCUACAGAUUCCCCCGUAACAGUUGGCCUAGUGUCAUGUGAUUAAGAGGAGUUUCAUUUUGCGUAAAAUUGCUAAAUAGCACAAUUUUUUCAUAAAACUCGGUGACUUAAAAGAUCAAUGCGGCUGCAUACCUCCACCCACAACAUGCUUAAUUAAACUGAGUUACGUUAUCCAGAGGAUUUCCUGGAUCUGCAUUAGUUUCUAAUCAUUUUUAGAUUACAUCGAGAUGAUUUCUCUCAGUUUUUCUUAUUUCAAUUUGAUGUGUAUUUGUGAAGAUAUGGUGCAACGCACAAUACUGUCCAUCCAAAAAUCCUUCCAGCUAUUCCUAAAUCCACAUCUGGACUCACUUCUGCUCGCACAUUCUUCAUUAAAUAUCCUAACAAAGAGGCAAAAUAAAUGAAUGACUAAAUAAAUAAAUAAUAAGGCAAAAGUCUAAAAUGAGAUUAUCCCUCCUUCUGAUGACAUCACUGUGACAUAUUCACAAAAUAAUCAAUAUUAUCUAUAAUUGUUUUUGCAAUCUGAGGAGGGAUAGCCAUGGCAAAAAAAACCCUACAACUUUUAAUUAAAAAUUUGUUAGUGUCCCAUUAAAUCUUGAACAACAGAAUUGUUUUGAUUGGCACACAUGAUAGCCAAUCACGUUGUUUACUUGUGUACCGGGUCGAACUUUGGUUAACUGAAGAGAAGUAGGCAGUAAUGACAGGUGAAACAACACACUGAUGCAUGUUGUCGGUACGUGUAAAAUGUUAGCUGGAAUCCAACGCAAAAGCUAUUUUCACAUGAUCAUUCCAGUCCUGGAGCCAGCAGAGCUGAAUUUGAGUAUGCAGAUCGAUUUAAAUGGUCUUUAACCUGACAGCUUCCUGGUCCAAAAUCUGUGCCCAUGUGAUGAAAGAGCAGAGAAUUGCCCAAAAUGUUGAUUCUGUCCUGCCUCCUGGACGCUUUAUACAAGCAGCUCGCUUAACUCAAGGAAACAGCACGUUACCAGUAGUGAGAGUGCGCCUGAGCUGGUUGAGCACUCAAAAUGCUUUCUGCUCAUUCACCAAAUUACACACACAUUCAUGCAGCACUUUGUUUAAUAUUUACACACAGUCACACUCCAAUGGAUGCAUCAGGGGCAACAUGAGGAGUUCAGUUUCUUAGUCAAGGAUACUUUGAUUAAAUUACUGGAGGAGCCAAGGAUUGAGCCACUUACCUACUGAUCAGUAAACAAUCCCUUCUAAGACCUUCACCACAACCGCAGCCAUGCUAAGAAAGCAGAGUCCUGUUCCAACUGCGUACAGUAUAGACAGGAAGUACAUUUUUGCACAAAAUCUUUGAAUUUAAAUAGGAUUUUGUCACACAUGAUUGAGUUUCCCUAAAUACCCCUUUUACAUUUAGCAUACCUGACUGAGUCAUUUUUUUUAAACAUCCAGUCACAAAAAUGUUAUUUUCAUUUUCAUUUGUGAUUCAGGAAAAACAAAAAAAGAAAACUCUCUCCUUGAACAUGAACCAUGACUCUGAACUUGAACUUCAAGAAAGAAAGAAAGAGGGAGGAGGGACCCUCCUCUAACCCCUUUCAGGGCCCGUAGUGGCCCCUCAGACCCAAUAUGACCUGGCCCAGACAGAGACCUCUGGCCUUGACACCUGGCCCUGACAUGCUCCAUGUAUCUCUUAGCUUGCUGGACUGAGGUUACUCUAAGGGGAAACUUAACUUUUCUAACCUCUAAUUACUAGUCACUUAUUUUAUUAUAAUGAUGGAUUAUUAGAGUAUCAUUAGUCAUCAUUAUUAUUUUUCAGCCAGAACUCAGGAUGUCAGUGGUAUUGCAAACAAAAUAAUACUGAAAGGCAUUGUAUUUAAACAUGUUUAUGCCAUAAAUUCGUAGUGUUCAUUAAAACACAUUAGACUAGUAUUUCAUAAAAAAAACACAUAACAAUAAAAAUUCAUAGUUUAAGAAAGAAAGAAUUUAAACACAGUUUAAAUGUCUUAUUAGUUUAUUUUUCAUUCCAUUUAUUCAUAGCGUAUCAGACAUUUGUCAGCAUGAAUGCUGUUUUUUCACCCAUAAUCAUGUGAUCCAAAUGUGGCCUUGGAUUCAUGAUAAAAGGGGAUUGUCCAAAUCUGUUCUUCUCUCUACUCCAGGAGUUUUUGUAGUUACUUAAAUUUUUUACUUAUUUUUUACAGAUUUGGUUGUUAUUUCUACCAGUAAUAAGAUCAUUUUGCUUACUGGCUUAGUACCUGAACUCUGGGAACUUUCCAAGGAACUAAAUCUUCCUUAAGAUUUUCUGCAUAUUUAAUAUUGGCUGAACGCCUGUUUGAAUUUGCAAGAUAGUUAGCCCUCCUAAAAAGUUGCUGUUUCAAAUUAAUGCUUCAACCAGCCUGUUUCCAGGAAAUUACUUCUAGGAUCGACUUGUAGGUUCUUUUCAUUGUGAGAAGAGGUGCACCAAAACAAUAUAAGUUCUUAAGAAUACUCUUUGUGAAAGGCUCUCAGAGGCCAAAACAGCAAGAACAAUAGAGGGAACUGACAUAGUUUGUAGUUAGUCCAAAAUUAUUUCCAGAGUUUAGUUCCCCACCCACAGGAACUUAUUGGGGUCACUCAUAAAUACCUAUCCUACAGGUAUUUUUCCUCGAUUGAACAUGCCAUAAAAAAGAGGUUCUAUCAGAGAACAUUCUGGGGUCUGAUUCUGCAAAGAAAAAACAGACCGAUGAACAUCUUUUAAAAAUGGGCUUUGCAAUCACCCAAUUAACCAACUUUAAAGCUGUAACUCUAUCCUUAAAGGUAUGUAAACUUUCACAAAGUGCUACCUUCCCUUAGGCAGCAGCCGAUUCCUCUGAGAGAAACACAAAUGAAAGAAGUUUCUCAAAAGUUUCUUAGAAGUUUCAGUAGUGAAAUAGUUAUUUUAAGAUAAUGUCCUACUAUACCAUCUGUAGAUGUGUGCACCCAGUUUUCCUGUGCAGCAUUUCAGACAUUUUCAGUAUUCUCAAAUGUGACGUCCAGACAUCAAGGUUUAUGUAAUCUGUAUAAAACACUUUAUUUCACCAACUCUACAGAUUUAAGCAAAUAAAUGGGUGAUUACAGUGUUAUUAAUAUUGAAAAAUGGAUGAAGAAAAAUGUAGCUAAAAACUGUAAUCCAAUUGCUGUUUAUAUCAACUGAAUGUGGAUCCCACUGAAUCAAAGCUGAAAACUGAAAGCUAAUCUGGUUUAUAUCAAAAACAUUCCCAACAACAUAUUCUACAGAAAAGCCCAGAUUUUUAUAUCUAAAAUGUUUACAUGGUUAUAUGAAGUGGAGUGAUAGCAUGGCUGGUGUUUCCAAUUCAGUACAAUAGGUCCUUGUAAAAAUGAUAAUGUCUUGAACAAAACCAACAAAAAGGGAUAAAAUGUAGCAGAAAUAAGAAAUUUCUGUUUCAUUAAUUAAUGUAAGCAAGGGUGGAGUUUUCUAUUACAUAUCUGACGUUCUCAUCUACUCAGUGGAGCCAAGUACUAAAUUUAACUAUUGCACCCUGUUGCAUUUUACUUCCUUGUUACUGCUUUUUUGUCUCUGUCAGUGUUUCCAUACAUUUUUUAAAGAUUUGCAUUUAAAUAUUUGUGUGUACAAAAUCUAAUCUGCUAGGACAGCGGUCCCCAACCCCCGGGCCUCGGACCGGUACCGGUCCGUGAGUCGUUUGGUACCGGGCCGCGAGAGUUGAGGCUCAGGUGUGAAAUGUAUGGUUUUCAGGGUUUUUAUCGGUUUUCAGU